AUGUCCGGCUAUGGAAAGAAACACACAGUGGCUAGCAAACCUUCAGCUGCACUGAAGAUAAGCAAAUCAGCCAGGGCUGGUCUGCAGUUCCCCGUGGGUCGUGUCUACAGGUGCCUUAAAAGAGGGAACUACUCUGACAGGAUUGGUUCUGGUGCUGCCGUCUACCUGGCUGCGGUGCUGGAGUACCUGGCUGCAGAGAUCCUGGAGCUGGCUGGGAACGCUGCACGGAAAAACAAGAAAACCAGGAUUGUGCCCAGGCACAUCCAGCUGGCUGUGAGAAAUGAUGAGGAACUGAACAGGCUCUUGUCCCGUGUGACCAUUGCUCAAGGAGGGGUUAUUCCAAAUUUCUCUUCUGAGUUAUUUCCCAAGAAAACUGUUGGACAUACUGCUCCUUCUCAGUAA